AUGGCGUCCCACAUGCCCGCAAACUAUGCCGAAGACCGUCUGCAUCGGUACCUCGCGCACUGGACCCGAGAUCCGUCCAAUGUCUCCAAGCUCGACGUCGCUGCCAUCAGCUGGGCCACCGACGAAGAGCGCCAUGAAAGACAGAAAAAGUACUACCAGGUAGGAUCCGACUACUACGACCUCGUCACGCCACUGUACGAACAGGGCUGGGGCCAGCAAUUCCACUACACGCCCAUCACCCCGGGCCUCUCCAUCCGGGAGAGCAUGAUAGCCUACGAGAAGACGUUUGCCGGGCUGGCCCGCCUCACCAAGGACAUGCGGGUGCUCGACCUCGGGUGUGGCAUCGGCGGGCCCGCGCGCACCAUCGCCGCGGCCGUCGGGUGCAGCAUCGUGGGCAUCACCAGCAAUGCGUGGCAUGUCGAGCGCGGGUCCGCCCUGACCGAGGAGGCUGGCCUGGGCCACCUCGUCACGCUCGUCGAGGGCGACUUUUUGAAACUACCCUUCCCCGACGAGUCGUUUGACGCGGCAUACUCGGUCGAGUCGCUAUGCUAUGCGCCCGACCCCGCUGCGGUUUACAGGGAGAUCAAGCGUGUGCUGAAGCCCGGCGCGCCGUUUACGUUUCAUGACUUUGCCAUGACGGAGAACUCCCCCGCCCCUUGGUACUAUGGGCCCGCAGGCGACAUAUUGUGGGCCUGGAAGAUGCCCGGCUGGCCCGACUUUUGGAAGGUGUUCAAGAUGUGGGAUCCCUUCCGCGGGUUUGCCCAUCUCGUCUACCGCGCCAUGAUCUUUGUUGGCAAGGCCCCGCCCGAGGUCUCGACCCUGAUGGACACCAUGUGGUACUGUACUAAGAGUGUGGUUAUCGGAGGGAGGAUGGGUAUCUUUACCCCCAUGUACGUCUUUGUUUGUCGAAAGCCGGUAGCUGGGAAGGAGUAAAGAAUCAUGUUCUCGAAGGGACCUGGGGAAUUCGGGCAAAGAGCAUGAGAGUAAAGGGUUAGGGUUUAUUUAUCGUUGUGUUGUUGUUUCCUUGGCGCACCUUGAUGUCUCACGCAGACCGCAUCGCCGAGCCCGAGUCGCUGUUCGAUCCGCCAUCUGUCAAAGACGUCUUUAUCCGGUCCCGAAUAGGUCUUGAAUAGGCG